AUGACAAGGCAUUGUGACGUUUCGAUACCGGAUUCACCUGAACCUCCUUUUCCAAUUACCACAUCGUUCGUCGAUGUAAUAGCUGGUUUCGGUCGUGGAUCAGCAGAGUUAGGAAUUCCUACAGCGAACGUGCCCAUCGAUGAUUUACCAAAAAUCGUGGAGCAACUAGACACAGGAGUUUAUUUUGGAUGGUGUAAGGUAAGGAUGGCAAAGGACCGUGACACCAAGGUGGAACAAAGACCCGAUGGCAGAGAGGUCCAAUACAAUAACGGUACCUUACUAAAUGACGAAGAUUUAGCAGUUCUUCCAGUGGUACUUUCUGUUGGCUGGAACCCAUUCUACCAGAACAAAAACAAGACGGUAGAACUACACAUAAUCCACAAGUUUUCUGAUAAUUUCUACGGUGCCCAAAUCAAAUUCAACUUCUUAGGGUAUAUAAGGCCCGAGUUAGACUACACCACAAAGGACGCAUUGAUUGCAGAUAUCCAUACCGACAUUGAAAUUGCAAAAGAGAAACUACAAUUACCUGGAUACCGGAAACUUAAGGAUACUUUAUAA